CGUCUUGUUUGUCAAUUUUUUUUUUUGUUGGGUAAUAUCCCUCCAUUGUUAUCAACAACCUCAUGAUAGAAUUGCAAUCAUUAUUCUAAUGGUUCAUUUUGGUUCAUUUAAGGAGAUCCAUUUUAGCAUUAUACCCAUAGAAGCAAUCUAGUUUCUCUCUCUAUGGCAACCGUUACACCCACAAGAUCUCGGUUACAUCCCUCUAAUCCAAAUUCUUCAAGUUUCUUCAAAGCCCAUUUAAGUUCGAUCUAUUAUAGGAAAACCCAUUUGGGAUUUCAACCAAAUGUUCCAAGAAAAUGGGUCAAUUUGUCAGUGGGGGGUGGUGUAAGAAUAGGAAGAACUCAGCACCCUGUGGAGAUCAAUAAGAGACAGAGAGGAUGUGUUGUGAGGUGUACGGCAGAGGGGAUAGAGAGGGGAUUGCUGGUGGGAGGGAGAGGAGAAGAAGGUAGAUUCGAGAUGCCGGAGAGGUUCAAGGUGGUGGCUUUAAUGGCGUGUGUUAUGUGUUUGUGCAAUGCAGACAGAGUUGUUAUGUCCGUGGCCAUUGUUCCCCUAGCUGCCAAACAUGGCUGGAACAGCUCUUUCUUGGGCAUUGUCCAGUCAUCGUUCCUAUGGGGAUACAUAUUUUCAUCAGUUAUUGGAGGAGCCUUGGUUGACAGAUAUGGAGGAAAGAGAGUGAUUGCUUGGGGCGUGGCAUUGUGGUCUUUAGCAACUCUGCUCACACCCUGGGCGGCAAACCAUUCAACAGCCAGCCUCUUGGCUGUUCGUGCUUUCUUUGGAUUCGCUGAAGGAGUAGCUCUACCUUCCAUGAAUACCCUUUUGUCAAGGUGGUUUCCUAGCCAUGAACGCGCUACUGCUGUUGGAUUAUCUAUGGGUGGAUUUCACCUUGGAAAUGUUGUGGGCUUAGUAAUAACUCCUUUGGCAAUGUCAUCAAUUGGAAUUGCCGGUCCUUUCAUUCUCUUCUCAUCUCUCGGACUGCUCUGGCUAACGACAUGGACCUCUCGAGUCACAAAUGAUCCACAAGAAAGCCAUUCUAUCAGUAAAUCAGAGCUGCGGUUAAUCCAAGCUGGAAAAUCAGAUUCCCCUGUAAACAAGGGCAAGCUUCCACCUCUGCGUCUCCUUUUUUCGAAGAUGCCUACAUGGGCCAUUAUUUUUGCUAAUGUUACUAACAAUUGGGGCUACUUUGUUCUCCUCUCUUGGAUGCCUGUAUAUUUUAAAACCGUGUACAAUGUUAAUUUGAAGCAAGCGGCUUGGUUUAGUGCGGUCCCAUGGGGAACCAUGGCAAUAUCUGGCUACUUUGCUGGGGCAGCAUCAGAUUUCUUAAUCAAAAGAGGAUAUUCUUUAACACUAGUCCGGAAAAUCAUGCAGUCUAUCGGUUUCAUUGGACCUGGGAUGGCAUUGCUAUGCUUGAACUACGCCAAGACACCAGUGGCUGCAGCCAUGUUGAUCACAGUGGCUCUAAGCUUGAGCGCUUUCAGUCAAGCAGGCUUUCUGCUGAAUAUGCAGGAUAUUGCACCGCAGUAUGCAGGAUUCCUCCAUGGGAUCUCAAAUUCUGCUGGGACAUUGGCAGCAAUAGUUAGUACGAUUGGAACAGGUUACUUUGUGCAGUGGUUGGGAUCCUUCCAAGCAUUCUUAACUGUCACAGCUGGUCUCUAUUUUCUGACAACCAUCUUUUGGAACCUAUACGCUACUGGUGAGAGGGUAUUCUAGAAUGAAAAAAAAAAACGAACCAGUUAUAUACAAUAAUAAUUAUCAGGGCAUAUCCAUAAGAGAAGGAGGAACAGGUGCACAUAUUCAUUGUUUCAACUAUUGAGUCAUUUUUUCAAUGUGUGGUUUAAAGUGAGUAAUCACUUCGGCAUGUAUAUUGUUUUUUAGGGUUCUUUAGACCCGCAAAAAAUGUCAGUUUCUAGUAGGUUUGGUUGAAAGAAGAGAGAUCGAUAUUGUAUUUUUCGCAAGUUGACAGUUGUGCCAUCGUUAGGCAGGCUUAAGCUUUGAUUCCAGAUUCUCAUGGUGAAGAAGGACAUGUCUAAGAAAUUGCUAUGCCAAUUUGUUGCACUCUAAGUGGUAGUAAAAG